AUGGAUCUGUUGGAGUAUUUGGUGUCCCAGGAAGGCUUGUUUGGAACUGUUUUUGACUUCUGCAAGUCUGCCAUUCUGUUUAGUCUGCUGACUGUUCUCAGUCUCCUAACCUACUUCGAUGUCCUUGAGAGUUUCAGUCCAUUCCGCUCGCUCUUCGAGGUGGGGAUUCAGUAUAAGAAACGUACAUCGGAGGGCGAUGAUGGGAUGACAGGAGCGCGGCUUUACUCUGAUGAAAAGAAGGAAUCUUCCCUCCAAACACUUUCCUCAGUGGCAGAGAGGGUGAUGCAGCUGGAGUUGGAUCUGUGCACGGACAACAGUGAUCAGAGUCACAAUCCCAAAUACAGAAAGAUAUUUGUGAAGCUGCACCAAGAGAUCCGUCGAGCGGAUGACGUGCUGCAGAGUCUUGGGGCUCGGUGUACUCCAGCCGAGACAGAUUCGGAGAGCCCUCGAAACCAUGAAUUAACCAGGGGCACCAAGGACCUUCCGUUUUCACCAGGAGGCAACACACAGCAGAAUAACACCAAGAUGGGGCACAUGAUAACAGCCAGUGACAGACAGAGGAUUCAGCUCCUGAGCAGCAAGCUUCAGUCAAUGAAAGUAUACACCGAGGAACGGCUGCAGUUAUUGACCAGCUUUGCAAGUUGUUAUGAAUCUUUCCAAUUAUCCUGCAAUCAGCUCCAUAACUGGGUGGUGCGGACCAACAGGUUCCAGGAAUGGAUUCACUCCAUCGCGUGUGAUAGCAAAUCCCUGAUCAUCAUGAACCUCAAUUACGAGAAGAGGAUAGUGGAGGAAAUUGAAGAGAGAGCCCCCCAGCUGCGCAACUGUCAGAGGAGCCUGAGUGAGUGCGUUCAGGUCUUUAAGUACCCCUGA